UUGGUCGGUUUGUCUUUAAGAUAGCAGCCUAUUAAUUUUUAAUUCUUAUGCAUCCGCACGAAGAGCGUAGCAGAGAGGAGAAAACGAGUGAUAACCAGAGGGGGAGAAAAGGAGAAGGAGGCAAGUGAGGAGAGAAAACCAGAAUGAAUGAGACACACUGAGCAAUCGAGGAGAAGGAGAUUGGCGGAAUCAAGGUUCACCCUCCGGGAGGGUGUGAGCUAAAGAAGUGCCACCCACUCACCUGUGCCUGCUGACCACCCCCAAGCUCCAGCCCCAUCCCUCACCCUCCCCCCUCCCCCCCUGCAAACAUGGCUCUGGCCGUCUGGAUUGUCUUCACCUGUGCCGUGACGUUCAGCAGCAUCGGCCCAUCCUCUCAGGCUCUGAGCCGGUCGAUGAUGCCCUUCGGCCUGAUGCGUCGGGAGCUGGCGUGCGAGGGCUACCCGAUCGAGCUGCGCUGCCCCGGAAGUGACGUCAUCAUGAUUGAGACGGCCAACUACGGUCGCACCGAUGACAAGAUCUGCGACGCAGACCCCUUUCAGAUGGAGAAUGUGCAGUGCUACCUGCCCGAUGCCUUCAAGAUAAUGUCACAGAGGUGUAACAAUCGCACGCAGUGUGUAGUGGUCGCCGGGUCAGAUGUGUUCCCGGACCCCUGCCCAGGGACCUACAAGUACUUGGAGAUCCAAUAUGAGUGUGUCCCCUACAAAGUGGAUCAAAAAGUAUUUGUGUGUCCGGGGACACUGCUGCGGGUGCAGGUGCCCAGCUCCCAGCAGGAGGCGGAGCACCAGGCGGGCGCCUGGUGUAAGGACCCGCUGCAGUCCGGGGACCGCCUGUACGUCAUGCCCUGGACCCCCUAUCGGACGGACAUGCUGUACGAGUACGCCUCCUGGGAAGACUUCAAACAGAACCGAGCCACCACGACCUACAAGUUGCCCAACAGAGUGGACGGGACGGGCUUCGUCGUGUACGACGGCGCCGUCUUUUACAACAAAGAACGGACGCGGAACAUCGUCAAGUACGACCUGCGAACGCGCAUCAAGAGCGGCGAAGCCAUCGUCACCAACGCCAACUACCACGACACCUCGCCGUACCGCUGGGGGGGGAAGUCCGACAUCGACCUGGCCGUGGACGAGAACGGCCUCUGGGUGAUCUACGCCACCGAAUCCAACAACGGUCGACUGGUGGUCAGCCAGGUGAACCCCUACACGCUGCGCUUCGAAGGCACUUGGGAGACCAGCUUUGACAAAAGGAUGGCGUCCAACGCCUUCAUGGCAUGCGGGGUGCUCUACGCAGUGCGGUCAGUGUACCAGGACGACGACAGCGAGGCGGGCGGCGACCUGGUGAUGUACGCCUACAACACCAACCGCGCACGUGAGGAACCCGUGAACAUCGCUUUCCCGAACCCCUAUCAGUACAUUUCCUCCGUGGACUACAACCCUCGAGAUAACCAGCUGUACGUGUGGAACAACUACAACGUGCUGCGCUACCCGCUGGAGUUCGGACCGCCGGAUCCCACCACCGGCCCUCUGACCACCACUCAAGUGACGGCCACUCUUCCAUCGAGGCCUUUCACCUCCAGCACCAGCCCUUCCACCGCGCGCCCUCUGGCCCCCACCUCGCGUCCAAUUGGCUCCAUCAACAAGCACCCCGACCUUCGACCCAUCACGGCCACCGUCCCCGUCACCAGGCACCCGCCCCGGCCUCCUCCGGGCCCCGAGCUGCAGGUCUGCGAGGCCAGGUUGGUCCGCGGAGUGGCCUGGCCCACCACCCAGCGAGGAGAAUCCGUCGACCGCCCGUGUCCCAAAGGAUCUUUAGGCAUUGCUUCGUUCCAGUGCUUGGCGGAGCAGGUCAUGUGGAACCCGCGGGGUCCCGACCUGAGUAACUGCACCUCCCCGUGGGUCAACCAGGUGGCCCAGAAGAUAAAGAGCGGGGAGAACGCGGCGAACAUAGCUGGCGAGCUGGUGAACCACACGCGAGGCUGGAUCCAGGCCGGCGACAUCAGCUCCUCCGUCCGAUUGAUUGAACAGCUGCUGGAUAUACUGGAUGCUCAGCUUCAAGCCCUCCGGCCCGGGAAUAAGGAGUCAGCUGGAAGAAACUACAACAAGUUCCAGAAGCGCGAGCGGACCUGUCGGGCGUACAUCCAGGCGGUGGUGCAAACAGUGGACAACCUGCUCCGACCCGAGGUCCUGGUGUCGUGGCAGGACAUGAACAGCACGGAGCAGGCUCACACCGCCACCAUGCUCCUGGACGUCCUGGAGAAGGGAGCCUUCCUGCUGGCGAACAACAUGUACGGCAAUCGCUUCUCUGACCGAGCCCCCAGCAUCGAUCUGGAGGUGCACGUCGUCAACACGGAGAUGGACCUGCAGGAUCUGUCCUUCCCCCAGAACUACGCCAGCGACAGCACCAUCCAGCUCUCCGCCUCCACCAUCAAGCAGUACAGUCGCAACGGACAAGUCAAGGUGGUUUUCAUUCUGUAUAAAAACCUGGGCUCCUUCCUGUCCACCGAAAACGCCACGGUGAAGAUGGAGGUGGAGGGACUGAACCACGACAAGAAGCGGCUGGUGGUCAACUCCCACGUGAUCGCCGCCUCCAUCAACAAAGAGUCCAGCAGGGUGUUUCUCACCCAGCCGGUGGUCUUCACACUCAAACACCUGCGGUCGGAGAACUACCACACUCCGAACUGCUCGUUCUGGAACUACUCGGAGCGCUCCAUGACCGGCCAGUGGUCCUCGCAGGGCUGCCGGCUGCUGGACACCAACGACACACACACCACCUGCUCCUGCAGCCACCUCACCAACUUCGCCGUGCUCAUGGCGCACCACGAGCCCGACGGGCGGAUGCACGACCUGAUCCUCUUUGUGAUCACCUGGGUGGGGAUCGUGGUCUCCCUGGUGUGCCUGGCCAUCUGCAUCUCCACGUUCUGCUUCCUGCGCGGCCUGCAGACCGACCGCAACACCAUCCACAUGAACCUCUGCAUCAACCUCUUCUUCGCCGAGCUCCUCUUCCUCAUCGGCAUCGACAAGACGGAAAACCCCACUGCCUGUCCCAUCUUUGCUGGUCUUCUGCAUUUCUUCUUCUUGGCUGCCUUCUCGUGGAUGUGUCUGGAGGGUGUGCAGCUCUAUCUCAUGCUGGUGGAGGUCUUUGAGAGCGAGUACUCCCGCAAAAAGUACUACUAUCUGUGCGGCUACUGCUUCCCCGCACUGGUGGUGGGCAUCUCGGCAGCCAUAGACUACCGGAGCUAUGGGACCAAGAAAGCAUGCUGGCUGCGAGUGGAUAACUACUUCAUCUGGAGCUUCAUUGGACCCGUUUCAUUUGUUAUUAUGCUCAACCUCAUUUUCCUCAUGAUAACUCUACACAAGAUGAUUCGCAACUCCUCGGCUCUCAAACCUGACUCCAGCCGCCUGGAUAACAUUAAGUCGUGGGCUCUCGGGGCUAUCGUCCUGCUCUUCCUGCUCGGCCUGACAUGGGCUUUCGGCCUUCUUUUUAUUAAUGAGAACACAGUAAUCAUGGCCUACCUUUUCACCACCUUCAAUGCCUUUCAGGGCAUGUUCAUCUUCAUCUUCCACUGUGCCCUGCAAAAGAAGGUCCAUAAGGAGUACAGUAAAUGUCUGCGUCACUCCUAUUGCUGCAGCCGCACCUCCACCAACAGCUCCCACGGUUCCCUGAAGAACUCGGGCCUGCGUGCCAACAACCGCUACUACAGCGGCAGCCAAGCUCGCCACGCAGCGGCCCACAGACAGAGUCGGAUCCGCAGGAUGUGGAACGACACGGUUCGAAAGCAGACGGAAUCUUCUUUCAUGGCGGGAGACAUCAACAGCACCCCGACGCUCAACCGUGCUACCAUGGGCAACCACCUCCUGACGAACCCGGUGUUACAGACUCGCACUGGCACCUCUCCUUACAACACUCUGCUGGCUGAGAGCUUCACUCCUCCCUCACCUGGUGUCUUCAACUCCACCGGAACCUUCCGUGACCCAAAGAGUACAUUAUCUAAGGGCCGAGACCCCUGUGGAAUGGAAACUCUGCCCCUGAAUGGGAACUUCAAUAACAGCUAUUCCCUACGCAGCGGCCCUGCAGGCGGAGGCGGUGGCAGCUGCGACUUCCUCAGCGGCGGCGGCGGCGGCGGGGGUGGAGACAGCCCCCCUCCCAUCUUCAAUCCUCGCAGCUCGGAGACGCUGGGCGGCGGAGGCAUCCGAAGAAACCUGUCUGACGCAGCCGCCUUCGAGAAGAUGAUCAUCUCCGAGCUCGUGCACAACAACUUGAGGGGCGGCGUCGGGGGAGGGGGCGGAGGAGGCGACGUAGGGGACAGAGCGUACGGGAGCCUGGCCAGGGGACGUCCUCAUGGCGGGGCCGGUCGGGGGACGGCGACAGCCGGGCCCGAGCCGUCCAUGAGCAUGGAUGAAGACGAGGACUAUCUCCGGGAAGGACGGCAGCGCACGCCGCAGGAUGUGGAGCUGCUAUAUAAAGCUCUGGAGGAGCCCCUUUUGUUGCAACGCGCCCAGUCGGUCCUCUACCAGAGCGACCCGGAGGAGUCGGAGAGCUACACGGCCGACCUCACGGAGAGCCUGGGCCACAGCGGCCAGAGCGGCAGCGGGCAGGGAGGCAACCGGGCGCCGGACUCCCCCGCCCGCGACUCCCUGUACACCAGCAUCACCAACCUGCGAGACUCUCCCUACCCCGACAGCAGCCCCGAGCCCCUGGAAGUGGUGCCCCGUUCGGCCCAGCCCCCAGAGGAGCUGUACUACGGCUCGGGGAGGCCCGCGGUGGGCUCCCGCGGGGCCCCCAUGCAGACCUUCUACCAGGCCCCGCCCCGAAGACCGAGCGGGGAGGGACACCAGGCUCCGGAGCCCGCCCACAGCGAGGGGGACGGACAGAUGCAGCUGGUCACCAGCCUGUGACUGGAGCCACGAGGAGGAAGUUGGGGACUGACAUGCUGGCCAGAGCCUCCUCCUAGCUCGUCUCCUUCUCACGUCUCUCCACUUUCUGCUUGUUUGGUUGCCUUUCUUUCUCUUGACUUUUAUUUAACUAGCAUAUGAACGGACAGAAUGACCUUCUGGGCGUCUCGGCUGCCCGUGCAGAAGCAGCCUUUCUCUCCAGUCCUUCCUGUGCAGUGGGCGCUCUGCAGAGUGCUCACUGGCUCUGUGUAACCAGUCAUUCCCAGUUCCUUUUGGUACCCUAGGGCCAAGUCCAGCACUCUGAAUGUACCAACCCACCCCUUUACCUUUGGAUAUUUCAAACUUUCAAACUUUGUUAAAGUUUUUUUUAAUGUAAUUUCUCUUCAGACCUGCCUCCGGAGAUGGGAAUAUCAUUUUAUAUUUUAUCUAAUUUCCCUUUCUUACCAUCUGUAGGUCUUUUUUGAGUCGUCAUUUGAUAGUAGUUCGCUGUGGAGACGGGGAAUAUCGUACACUACUUCAACCUAAAAAAUGUCUCACAGCAAGCUCUUCAUUGUUGCCAAAAAUAUCUUUUAUUGAGCCAGAACAGAACUAGAACAUUCAUAAGGCACACACACACGCACACACACACAUACAUGCACACACACACUCAUCUAGAAGUGCUCAUUACUGAACAUCACAAGUGAAAACAGUACUCCAUCUAAGUAAAAAGGAGCCAGCGCUUUUGUUCCAAGCAGGCAGAGGGAGCCGAUUCAGUGUAGUUGCCUUCAUUUUCUCUCGCUGUGAAUUGACGACUCUGUACAGAAGUAGGGUAGAGGUGGAGACAGAGACUGAGAAGCUGCCGCACCGUCCCUACAGAGCAGGAGGGUCUGCACCCAUAAGACUGGCCAAGUGUCUCCGCUGUUCUCUCUGGUUGUGUGCUUUAGGAAUUUAAAAAGUUCAAAUGACUGCCUUGUUAUUAUUUUGAACAAAGUAUUCGAUUCGUUGACUGGGUUGACACCGCGUCGAGGCAGCAAGUGCGGAUCGGUGUUGCCCCUCCCCUCGUACUUUGCUGUUAGAGCCUAGCCAGUUAAAGUGAACUUUAUUCCUGUGUUAACUGUGACGAGCGAGACUGUAAACGUCACAAAUGCACAGGGCCGACCAAUUGGUAUAACCGUGUACAUAUAGACCACACAUGAAUCUACUUUAUUCUUACUGUGUAAAUAGAGACACCAGAUGAUCAAAAGCAACAAAAGGUAAUAAAUACUAUGGAAAAAAAAAGACUUCUUGUACUGCAACAAACUGAUGAAAGUAAAAAA